UGAAUACCAAAUAUGUCUGUGCAGGAAAUACACAAAUUUGAUCAUGAAGUGCUGUGACUGAAUGCCAGUGUUUUUAAAAGGCGCUGCUCAGAAAAUGUUUUAUUAGGGGUUGUUUUUUUUUUUAGUUCAAGUGAAAAACAUCUUAUUUGUUCAGAUUUUAAGCAUAUCAUCAGCAGCUGAUAAAUUAAGUCAAAGCUAAAAAAUUAAUUUCAUGUUUUCCCAGCAAAGACUUGGUUGCAGUAAGUACAAAGAAUGCUUUAGAGAAAUGAGGAACUUUAAGUUAUAUGUUAGUUAAGAAAUUUCUGUUUGGUAAAACUUCCAUUAUAUUUAAAAAAAAAGUUAAAUAUAAUGGAAGGUUGUGUGUGAUGUGUACAUAAAAACAGUUAUAAAAUUGUAACCUUUGUUUUGGAGCAGAAUUAUUUUGUGUAUAAAGCCUUCUGUGAAGGUGUUGGUUAAUUUCCACAUCUGUAAUAUGAAACUUGUUGAUCUUAAGGCACAAAUGUUUCUGGAAUCUUAUGCAAAACCACAGGGGGAGAAGAGAGAAGAGAUUUUGAAUGUCAAAUGUUCUUUUACCAAAUGAACAGAGAAUGCACAGCUUUUUCUGUUCAGAUAGAGGAAGAGCGCCGGCCACGUUAAGCUUCACACAAGGGGGAGCAGCAUAUGCAAAACGCAGUCAUGUUGGCUGUUCUGGUGACCAUUUUGAUGUUUAGUCAAGGUCUCUCCUUGGACAAUUGUGGGACGAGUUUCAUCACGGCUUUCCCUGAGAACAUUGCUGUUUAUUAUCGAAAGACCUAUAACCUCUUCAAAAUCGCCACCCUUCACCCAGACACUACGAUCAAUGUCACCUAUAUGGCUAACAACAACAUCACCACCAACUCAAGCCUCGACAAAGGAAUCGUUUGGACGUUGAAUUUGACAAAGCAGGUUGAAGAAUCCCUGUUUGUGUCUUCUAAUAAGACGUUUCGAAUCACCAGCGAUAAAAACAUCACAGUGCUUUCUGUGAGUGGAUGGGAGGGGAGAUUCCAGUCUCACGUUGUCCAGCCUGAACAAAACCUGGGAAAUGUGUAUCAGGUUCCCUCUCUGAAUUACACCGCGAUAGCCACGUCCCUUAACCUCGUGAUGACAUCAGAUGUCAGAUUCCUGCCUUUUAGGCUGAUGAUCAUCAAUGCAGUGAACAAGACCAACAGUGUCACCAUAAAACGGGUGGACGAAAAAGGUCAGACCCAAGAAGAUGCAAUAAUGCUCUAUCCUUUCAAUCUUUAUCAGAUUCAGAUUGAUUUGUCGGUGAGAGCAAUCAAAGCAGAGCAGAAAGUGGCUGUGGUUCUGACCCAUCCAUGCUUUGACAGCAAAAACUGUUCAUGCAACAUGAUUCUGAACCAGCUCCAACCCUAUGAGCUGAACAAAGCCAAUGACCAAUUCCUUGUGCCCUCCAUCUUCAGCGCCAGACAGCUACUUGUGACAACAAAUCAACCCUUCAGAGCCUUUACUCCUACUACUAGUGUUUGGGUGCAGAAUUCUUCAGACAUUUUGCCGAAUUUUAAGAACAACAUCUCAUUUAUUAAUACCAGCAUCCAGAUUUCCCUCAGAUUAAUCAGUCCCGGACUUAUUCUAGACCUCAUUCCGAUAAGCAAGUUCUCUGGCUGCUAUCUUGUGAAUUUUAAUUCCUUGUCCAGUGGUGCCUUGGUGAUUGUAAAUACGUCCAGCACUGAUGCUGUGAGAAUGAAUGAUCAACCUUUGCCUCAACAGAUAAAAUGGAACGUAUUGAAUGGAACAGAUUACUCUUGGGCUCUAGUGGAGGGACAAAGGAUAAGCACAAUCUGGCAUCCUUCUGCAAGGAUUGGUGUAUAUAUGAUAGAACGCUUGGAGUUUAACAAUACCUAUGGAAGUGCGGCAACCGUUAUAAGUAUGGAUCCAGAUAAUGGCGGCUGUCUGGUGACUCCAGAGAUGUUUGUGCUUGGUGAAGAUGAGUUGAGCUGGUUCAAUUCCCGCUUGUACUGCAUGGAAAAUGCUGAUCUGUUUGCCAGGCUCAACAACGAAAGCAGCCAGAAUAAGAUGGCCUUAAACAUGACACUCCUAGAACCCACGGAGGGCUGGAUCAGUCUGCGCCGGAGCUUGUACACAACAGACUGGUACUGGAAAAACGAGGACACUUUCGCACCCGACGUGGACUUUACUUACUGGGGGACAGGACAGCCUGAAAAACCGGAGAAAGGCUUGUGUGCUUCGGUUUCUCUGGAUCCUAACAAGAAAUACAAGUGGAAGAGUUCACGCUGCUGUACUAAAAAGAAGCCUGUUUGCUACAAAAGACCAAAGUAUUUCACUUCAUGAGAUCCUUUGUAAACAGCAGAUGUCUUAAUUACAAGACAUGGUUUUCCAUAUGCUCAACAUACACCUGUCUAUAUAUAGUGCAGCCCCUAUAUUAGACUAGAUUGAUCAAAUGUUAUGUGGUGGAUAAUGACAUAGAUCUAGCAAAAAUAGUAUCGGUCAAAAAAUACUUGUAUUGCAAACUUUUUAGGUUGAAUAUAACUAAAUUAAAUAUGAGCUUGUAAGUUGAGAUGUAUUUUGAGCUGUAUGCAGACUAAGAUUUAUUAAAGAAUGUUA